UUCUGUGAAAUAAGGCUGCAAGUAAUACGUAAAAGUUAAGACGUGACUGCAGUAAACCAGCACUGCUUUCUAAACAAAGACAUACUUCUGCUGUUUGAAACUCUGUAAUAAUGUUUUCAUAGAGGACAAUUUCAGACAUAUUUGUACAAGUCUUCGUGGAUUCUGGAAAGAUGCCAGCUUGGCAAGCAGGAAGAACAAAAGGACAGUACUGAAAAUACCUAAUCUGGGACAUUCUUAUUGUCACUACAGAGCAGGUUUGGACUGCAUCAAAAUUAGACAGACAGCUCUGCCCAGUUUUCUUCAUGGUUUACUCAUACGAAUCACUGCUUGAAAAACUUCCAGCACAAAGUUAACUAAAGACUUAAAAAUGCCUCCACGACCAUCAUCUGGUGAACUAUGGGGCAUCCACUUGAUGCCACCGCGGAUCCUUGUGGAAUGUCUUCUCCCAAAUGGAAUGAUAGUGACUCUAGAAUGCCUCCGUGAGGCCACCUUACUAACUAUUAAACAUGAACUCUUUAAAGAAGCGAGGAAAUACCCUCUGUAUCAGCUCCUUCAAGAUGAAUCUUCUUACAUUUUUGUAAGUGUUACGCAAGAAGCGGAAAGAGAAGAAUUUUUUGAUGAAACACGGAGACUUUGUGACCUGCGACUAUUUCAGCCUUUUCUAAAAGUCAUUGAACCAGUAGGUAACAGAGAAGAAAAGAUCCUUAAUAGAGAAAUAGGUUUUGCUAUUGGCAUGCCUGUCUGUGAAUUUGAUAUGGUUAAGGAUCCAGAAGUUCAAGACUUCAGAAGAAAUAUUCUUAAUGUUUGUAAAGAAGCAGUGGAUCUUCGAGAUGCCAAUGCACCACACAGUAGAGCGUUGUAUGUCUGUCCUCCAAAUGUAGAGUCUUCACCUGAGCUACCCAAACACAUAUACAAUAAACUAGAUAAAGGGCAAAUUAUAGUGGUGAUAUGGGUAAUUGUCUCACCAAACAAUGAUAAGCAGAAAUACACCUUAAAAAUCAACCAUGACUGUGUGCCUGAGCAAGUUAUUGCUGAAGCAAUUAGGAAGAAAACACGAAGUAUGUUGCUGUCAACUGAGCAACUGAAACUUUGUGUCUUGGAGUACCAGGGCAAAUAUAUUUUAAAAGUGUGUGGUUGUGAUGAGUACUUGCUAGAAAAAUAUCCACUGAGCCAGUAUAAGUAUAUAAGAAGCUGUAUUAUGCUUGGUCGCAUGCCCAAUCUGAUGCUCAUGGCAAAGGAAAGCCUCUAUACCCAGCUACCACUGGACACCUUUACCAUGCCAUCUUAUUCCAGACGUAUCUCUACAGCUACACCCUACAUGAAUGGAGAAGCUACAGCCAAAUCCCUCUGGACUAUAAGUAGUGCUCUCAGAAUACGAAUCCUCUGUGCAACAUAUGUAAAUGUGAACAUUAGAGACAUAGACAAGAUCUAUGUUAGAACAGGUAUCUACCAUGGAGGGGAGCCUUUGUGUGACAAUGUGAAUACUCAAAGGGUACCUUGUUCUAAUCCAAGGUGGAAUGAAUGGCUGUUGUAUGACAUGUACAUUCCUGACCUGCCACGUGCUGCUCGGCUCUGCCUCUCCAUCUGUUCUGUUAAAGGCCGGAAGGGUGCUAAGGAGGAGCACUGUCCAUUGGCUUGGGGAAAUAUAAACAUGUUUGAUUACACAGACACUCUUGUGUCUGGGAAAAUGGCUUUGAACCUUUGGGCAGUACCUCAUGGGCUGGAGGAUUUGUUGAAUCCUAUUGGUGUUACUGGAUCAAAUCCAAAUAAGGAAACUCCAUGCUUGGAGCUGGAAUUUGAUUGGUUUAGCAAUCCUGUAAAGUUUCCAGACAUGACAGUGAUUGAAGAACAUGCCAAUUGGACAAUAUCCCGGGAACUGGGCUUUAACUACAGCUAUGCAGGGCUGAGUAACAGAAUAGCUAGAGAUAACGAAUUAAGAGAAAGUGACAAGGAGCAGCUGCGAGCCAUAUGUACACGAGAUCCUCUGUCUGAAAUCACUGAGCAGGAGAAGGACUUCCUCUGGAGCCACAGACACUAUUGUGUGAAUACUCCAGAAAUUCUGCCCAAAUUACUUUUGUCUGUUAAAUGGAAUUCUAGAGAUGAAGUGGCCCAGAUGUAUUGUUUGGUAAAGGACUGGCCUCCAAUCAAGCCAGAGCAAGCAAUGGAGCUUUUGGACUGUAAUUAUCCAGAUCCAAUGGUGCGAGCUUUUGCAGUUCGGUGUCUAGAGAAGUACUUGACAGAUGACAAGCUGUCCCAGUACUUAAUCCAGCUAGUACAGGUUCUGAAAUAUGAACAAUAUUUAGAUAAUCAGCUUGUGAGAUUUUUGCUCAAGAAGGCACUGACCAAUCAAAGGAUAGGACAUUUCUUCUUCUGGCAUUUAAAGUCUGAAAUGCACAACAAAACUGUAAGUCAGAGAUUUGGUUUACUUCUGGAGUCAUAUUGUCGAGCAUGUGGAAUGUACCUAAAGCAUCUGAGCAGGCAGGUGGAGGCUAUGGAGAAGUUGAUUAACCUCACAGAUAUUCUCAAGCAAGAGAAAAAGGAUGAGACCCAGAAGGUACAGAUGAAGUUUCUUGUUGAACAAAUGAGACGACCAGAUUUCAUGGAUGCUCUACAAGGUUUCAUCUCUCCUCUCAAUCCUGCGCAUCAACUGGGAAAUCUUCGGCUUGAGGAGUGCAGGAUAAUGUCAUCUGCAAAAAGACCCCUGUGGCUGAACUGGGAAAACCCAGAUAUUAUGUCUGAAUUGUUAUUUCAGAACAAUGAGAUAAUCUUUAAAAAUGGAGACGACUUGCGUCAGGACAUGCUGACACUUCAGAUAAUUAGAAUUAUGGAAAACAUCUGGCAAAAUCAAGGCCUUGAUCUUCGGAUGUUGCCUUAUGGUUGUUUGUCUAUUGGUGACUGUGUGGGACUCAUUGAGGUCGUGAGGAGCUCUCAUACGAUCAUGCAGAUACAGUGUAAAGGAGGUUUAAAAGGAGCACUGCAGUUCAACAGCCAUACGUUGCAUCAGUGGCUCAAGGACAAGAACAAAGGAGAAAUGUAUGAUGCAGCUAUUGACUUGUUUACACGUUCUUGUGCUGGCUACUGUGUUGCUACCUUUAUCCUGGGCAUCGGUGAUCGCCACAAUAGUAACAUCAUGGUAAAAGAUGAUGGACAACUGUUUCACAUUGACUUCGGACACUUCCUUGAUCACAAGAAGAAGAAAUUUGGUUAUAAAAGAGAGCGUGUACCGUUUGUCUUAACACAAGACUUUUUAAUAGUGAUUAGUAAAGGAGCCCAAGAAUGUACCAAAACAAGGGAGUUUGAAAGGUUUCAGGAGAUGUGUUAUAAGGCUUAUCUAGCAAUUAGGCAACAUGCCAAUCUCUUCAUAAAUCUUUUCUCCAUGAUGCUUGGCUCAGGAAUGCCAGAACUGCAGUCAUUUGAUGAUAUUGCAUACAUUCGAAAGACCCUUGCAUUGGACAAAACUGAGCAGGAAGCUCUUGAGUACUUCAUGAAGCAAAUGAAUGAUGCUCACCAUGGUGGCUGGACAACCAAAAUGGACUGGAUCUUCCACACAAUAAAGCAACAUGCUUUGAACUGAGAUGAAAGCAAAGAAAAGAACUCUAGCCCGCUUUGUGGGUACUGCACUGUUAAUACCUGUUAGCAGCAAAGACUGGUUGCAUAGGAAUUGCACAAACCACGAACAACAUUAGAAUUUGUGGCAAGAAAAGAGAUGAAUUGUUCAGACAACUGUCGAAAAAAUAAUGUAAAACAGGGUUUCAGAUAGCACUAAAAUUAUACACUUCAUAAACUAAGCUUUAGUAUGAUGUGUGACUUCAUGUUAUGCCUUAAGCCCAAAAAGGUAAACUUGGAAGAAUGUUUACUUUUUCGUUUGAUAGGACGAAUAAGAAGGAAAAACAAAAUAGUGAUAGCAUGAACAUAGAGUCCAUCAUAUAUUACCUUAGAUCUGGUAUAGCAGGUAGAGACUAUGUUCAAUUGAGAAGAGUGGAAAGAGAAUUAAAAUGAUAGCAAAUACUUAAAUGCAGCAUAGUUUGAAGGGAAGGAGUUUUCAGCUCAAAGAUCUAAAAACAAUAGUGAGAGGACAGUGCCUUUUAAAUGUGCUUCAGAGGCAUUAGCAUUUAUGGGGUUUAGAUGACCCUCUGAUUUCUGGGUCCAUCAUGUGCACAGUUUCUGAAUGAGGUGGGCAGUAGGCCCAUUCAGUAUGGUGUUUCCUUCUGCUCAGUAUUUCUAGCAGUGCAAUUCAUACCUUCACAAAGAAACUCCCUGUCAUCCCCCAAAACUGACUAACCUGGAAAUUGAAUGGUCAGAAUUGGGUUUAGUGCAACAGAGAGCUGUAGUGUUCAUCUUAGGUUUGCUUUAAUCUAACUUGAACUGAAUAGAUUUUUUUCAUACAUGUUUUCCAGAACCUAAAGAAAGGUGAGUUAUUAAAAUUAUUGAAAGAUUAUUUUUUUAUAAAGGCUAUUUAUAUAAUAGGAACUACUAUUAAUAUAUAUUCUUUAUUUACAUGGUUUGUCCAAUAUUCACUCUUUUGAUUUUGCAGCCCAGUUCUAUCUGUCCAAGACUCCCAUUUCCAUUAACAUCACUGAAGGUGACUAGAUAAAAUCCUAGGACCAAAUUCAGCCCUGGUGAAAGAGGACACAAGUACCAUUGAAGUAGUGGGAAGUAUACCCAUUAAUGCCAGAGGUGAACUUGGCCUAAGUCUCUUCAAAAACUUUUGAGCAUCACUCUUCACAUUACUGAAGUGAUAUGCUGGCUAUUCAAGGAACGUAUAUUUUAAACCCUUAAUCCUCGGGUCCACCAUUUCUCCUCUUUCUUCCUCCUUCUGGAAGUGGUUGUUUAACCCAGUAACAGAUAAAUGAGAAAUAGCAAUUUAGAUUUUUCACUAUGAUCAAUAAUAAGCAGUUCAGCAUACAGCAGAUAUAUGUUGGCUAGCUCAAAGCAUGUGGAGUUACCAAACAUUUUAGAGCUUUGUCCGUUUUGUGCGUGCGCAUGUGUAGUAGGUAUUUGUAAAUCCAAGGUGUCGUCCCCUAACACAAUUGCCAUCUGUGCAAUCACUUACAUUGGCACCACUUUUUCAAACUGUUCAGACUACCAAGGAUUUCAGAUUGCCCUUAUGCACAACUUGAGGUUUUUUGUUUUUUCUAAUUAUUAAACAGUCAUUUGUUGGUUUGGUUGGGUUUUUUUGUUGUUUUUUGUUUGUUUGUUUUUGUUUUUUAAUUUUUUUUAAUUAGUGAAACCUGUGAUUCUGAGGGUGGUGUUCACCCUGACAUUUUUAACCUGCUAGAUUGGCAGCACUUGGAGUGAAUUCCAAAG